UCUCAUAUCUAUCUCACGGAAAGGACGUCUGCCGCCCUUACCCAAUUUAAAAAUCGUAAAUGUAAACAAUCAGUAGGCGUCAUUAUACCAGCAACCUUCCGCUUUCAACACAAGUAGCCUCGUCACAGUUGAAGCAGGCACCUGAAGCACAACUCGCCGUCAUGACGUCGCUGUGGCUGAUUCUCGUUACAAGUUUGACUGUCAUGAGUAGCAGCGGUGUCAAAGGCACGACGUCAUCUACAACAGCCACAGUUCCUGCAACACAGGGGAUGGCUGUGACUUCAUCUAUUACUAUUGCAUCUACGUCUACGUCUACUCCUACGUUUACGUCUACUCCUACAUCUACGCCGACGCCCACAUCUCCAUCAACACCUACAUCUCCAUCAACAUCCAAAUCAACGUCUACCUCAACGUCUACCUCAACAUCUACCACAAAAUCUAACUCAACGACAAGCUUCAGACCACAGACAACGACGAAAGCUCCAAAUCCGUAUAAAAACCAAACUGUUUGCUUCAAGUAUGUAGGCUGCUUUGACAACCAUCCUCCUUUUGACAACGCCGGAUAUGACGUCCCUGACUCGCCGGAUAUCAUCGGGACCAAGUUUUGGCUGUUCACGAGGGCGAAUCCUACAAAUAAACAUGUCCUACUAUACCAGAAUGUCUCAACCUUUGCAUCUGUAAAUGCAUCUAAACCGCUCAAGAUAAUCACUCACGGAUUUUCCCAGGAUGCAUCAGCCGAUUGGGUGGUGAAGAUGAGGGAUGCGUUUCUCAGUCUCGAUGACUUCAACGUCAUAACGGUGGACUGGAAGAAGGGUGCGGAGUUCCCUAACUACGACCAGGCCGUGGCCAAUACACGAGUAGUUGCGACGCAAAUUAGGCUAGUCGUAGAAAUUCUGGUGCACCGCGGCCUGAAGCUGAAGGACGUCCAUCUGACCGGGCACAGUCUGGGGGCUCAUACGUCAGGGUACGCGGGCUUCCUCUUGAACAGCAAAGUCGGGAGGAUCAGUGGGCUAGAUCCUGCAGAGCCAAGUUAUGAGAAUUUGGCCGACAUCCUUCGUCUUGACAAAACUGACGCCAUUUUUGUUGACGUUAUUCAUACAAACGGCGCGCCGCUCCUGUCGGGAGGUGCGGGAUUAAUGCAGGUGUCUGGUCACGUGGACUUCUAUGUCAAUGGUGGCGAAGCACAACCCGGAUGUAAAGGGGGUAUUUCUGGAAUAUUCAGCGGUCUCUUCAGUGGAGGAGACGUCGGGAAGACGGUAUCCUGCAGCCACGGGCGGUCACACCAGCUGUACGUGGAGUCCAUGUCCUCCCCCUGCCCCUUCACAUCCUACCCCUGCUCCAGCUACGAUGACUUCAAGAAGGGAAAGUGCCUGACUUGUGGUUCUACUGGCUGUUCCCAACUCGGCUAUUACGCUGACCAAUAUGGCGCCCGCGGUAAGAUGUACCUCAACACCGGCAGCAAGGCACCAUUUUGUGGCUACCACUAUUUAAUAGAGAUAGAGACAGGUGCAAUGAAAGAGACGGAAGGGCGCUUGUACGUGAAAAUGGUGGGCAGUUGGGGUGAGAGCAGCCUUAUGGCAGUCACUGGGGAUGAAAACGUGAACGCCGGAAGUGACAUUUUGAAGUUGGUUGUCUCCCUUGAGGAAGUUGGCGAUUUGACAUCACUGGUGUUCAAAUAUGUAAAACAUACCGGCUUUUGGUUUGCUAACAGUGAAGAGACUAUGACCCUUGAGAAAGUCAGGGUCACAUCAGGAGAAAAUGGCGACAGGCGGGAAACUUGUUUCACCAUUAUUUGUCACCGCACGAGCGCCGUCAAGGUGGCGCGUUUGGGUGUCGCCCUUCUGGCCGUGGAGGAUGUAUCAGCAGGUACCUCUAUACCGGUUCCCACAGUAGAACCUAAAAGAAGUGGUGCCCCUACAAAAGUGCCUGAGCUUAACCCGUCAUCAGGACCCAUAGGAACAAAUGGUCCAACACCAGUGCCUGGAAGAACCAGAGGAACAGAUUACCCUACACCAGUAUCAAAUCUUAAUCCAUCGGCUGGACCUAUGGGAACAGAUGGCCCUACACCAGUAUCAAAUCUGAAUCCAACAGCUGGACCUAUGGGAACAGAUGGUCCUACACCAGUGCCUGUAGGAUCCAGAGGAACAGAUUACCCUACGCCAGUAUCCAAUCUUAAUCCAACAGCUGGACCUAUGGGAACAGAUGGUCCAACAACAUUAUCCAAUCUUAAUCCAACAGCUGGACCUAAGGGAACAGAUGUCCCUACACCAGUGCCUGUAGGAUCCAGAGGAACAGAUUACCCUACACCAGUAUCAAAUCUUAAUCCAACAGCUGGACCUAUGGGAACAGAUGGUCCAACAACAUUAUCCAAUCUUAAUCCAACAGCUGGACCUAUGGGAACAGAUGUCCCUACACCAGUGCCUGUAGGAUCCAGAGGAACAGAUUACCCUACACCAGUAUCAAAUCUUAAUCCAUCAGCUGGACCCGUGGGAACGGGUGCCCCAUCACCGAUGACAAAUGUCAACCCAUCAGGACCUAUUAAAACAGUUACCCCUACAUCGGUAACCAAUGUUACUCCAUCCACAGGACAUAUUGGAACAGGGACCCAAACAACGAUGUCCAAACUAUCAGUAGGACCAACUCCAAAGUCUACGCCAGUACCGAAUGUUAAGACAUCAGCAGGAACUAUGACAAUGUCACCAAUAACUAGUCAUAAACCAUCAGCAGGAUCUAGCUCACAGUCAACAGGUGAUCAUUCUCCGGUAACCAGUAUUAGACCAUCAAUACCAGCACAACAUUCGACCAGUGUACCAUCAACGGUGCCUACUACUAAGACCACCGUGAAACCUUCAACAACGCGGAAACAACCGACAACGUCAUCAGUGACAAAGUUAUCGACAGCAGCUUCUACGAGUGCAAUGAAACAGACCACUAAGAAGAUGGCAACUUCGACUUCUGAACAACAAACAACAAUGACGACUCCUGUCGCAGUAACAAACACGAUCUUAAAAACUACAAAAUCACAAGUAACGAAUAAGCCACUGUCAAGUUCCGCUGAGAAUAAGACCGAAUGUUUUGAAUAUGUCGGUUGUUUUGAUAAUUUCCCACCUUUUGACAAUGCCGGCUUUGACCUUCCAUAUUCACCGGAUGUUAUGAACACAAAAUUUUGGCUUUUCACGAGGAAGAAUAGAAACAACAAACACGGUCUGGAUUACAGAAAUGUCUCAACUUUUACAGCUUUCGAUUUUGACGCAACGAAGCCAACGAAGUUCAUAACACACGGAUUCAGUCAAGAUGCAUCAGCGACAUGGGUGGUUAAGAUGAAAGAUGAAUUCCUCAGACUAGGUGACUUCAACGUCAUAACGGUGGACUGGAAGAAGGGUGCGGAGUUCCCUAACUACGACCAGGCUGCGUCCAAUACACGACUUGUUGCGACGCAGGUCAGGCUAGUCGUAGAUAUUCUGGUGCACCGCGGCCUGAAGCUGAAGGACGUCCAUCUGACCGGGCACAGUCUGGGGGCCCAUACGUCAGGGUACGCGGGCUUCCUCUUGAACGGCAAAGUCGGGAGGAUCAGUGGUAUGGACCCGGCUGAGCCCAGCUUUGAGAAUCUUCCUGACAUAGUACGUCUCGACAAAGCAGACGCUCAAUUCGUGGAUGUCAUCCAUACAAACGGCGAAUCUAUUGUCAUGGGAGGGUUCGGCUUAAUGGAAUCUUCCGGUCACGUUGACUUCUUUGUUAAUGGCGGUGAAUCACAGCCUGGGUGUAAGUCGGCGAUAUCUGGAGCUCUGAGCAGUAUUUUUGGAAGCGGAGGAUCCAUCGGGGAGGAGGUAGCCUGCAGCCACGGGCGGUCACACGACCUGUACGUGGAGUCCAUGUCCUCCCCCUGCCCCUUCACAUCCUACCCCUGCUCCAGCUACGAUGACUUCAAGAAGGGAAAGUGCCUGACUUGUGGUUCUACUGGCUGUUCCCAACUCGGCUAUUACGCCGACCAGUAUUACGCCCGCGGUAAGAUGUACCUCAACACCGGAAGCAAGACGCCAUUUUGCGGGUAUCACUAUGGCGUUGAAAUCAAAACGAGUUCUACCAAGAAUACGAAAGGUCGACUUUUUGUCAAGAUGGAAGGCACGUGGGGAACCAGCGAGUUUGUCCCAGUCACUGGAGACGAUACGGUGAAGGCCGGAAGUGAGGUUCAGGACGUGAUUAUCUCCCCUGUGGAGGUUGGCGAUUUGAAAUCUCUGGUGUUUAAGUAUGUUAAACACACUGGGUUCUGGCUUGGCGGAGGCGAGGACACGCUUAAAGUGGAGAGGGUUAAAGUUACCUCAGGAGAGAAUGGUUACAGUUAUCUGUUUUGCUAUGGUGGCAAGGAAGUGCACCACAACACAGAGGCUCGCACCGUCAUCACCACCAGGACAGCAUGUUAAAAAUAAAUUAUAUAUUCAUCUUA